ACCCAGUGUAUGCACUUGUGCAUAUUCCAAUCCUAGUAGAAUUAAAAUACAUGAACCCGUCUAAACAAGAAAUCAACGAAAACUUUCAGGAAACCAAGAUGCUGUUCUUAACAGUUGUUACGCUCAUAUUUUCCUUGUUUCUCAAUGUUGACGGUUGGUUGCCGUGGGGUAAAAAGGGAAACGACAACGAUUGUUCUAAACGAGAUGGAGCUUAUCCGUAUUAUUUUGGCACGACUGAUCUCUUCUGCGUGGUAAUACAAAGCCUGAAAAGGGGAAAACGUAGUGCUCCUGCAAGAGGAACUCUGGAUUUGUCCCACCGCUUCAUAGAAUACAGAGGAAAUUACUAUGAUUUUUUGUCUAACUCAGAAGUGGCAAUUUCUAAAACACGAUUAUGGGGAGAUUCAUGUAGCGGGAGUAAGGAAGCCUCCCCAGCCGGUUACAGCGAACUCAGCCCAGAGUGCAUAGAAGGUUGUGCUAAAAAUUACAAAUGUAAGUAUGGAAGUUACAACCUGCUCACCAACAACUGCCAUCACCUUGCUAACCGGUUGUCUGAGGUUCUUUGUAGAAGAGGUACAACCUGCCCUGCCUGGUGUGAAGGAACUUGUACAUAACGAUGCGGUAUACAUUUAGUGAUGAACAAAAUUUUGAUAUGGAAUCAAGUUGGGCGCCACCUUUUGGUGUUUUCAAAUGCUUCAUAGAUAAACUUUUCAUUUUACACUUUUAUGAUGCAUAAGAUUAAUUACAGCAACUUUAUAUUUAACUAUCAACAUGUCUAAUUUCGUGGAAUUUAUGCAUGUGUGAGAACGUGACUGCAUUUAUUUUGAAAUCACUUGAAAAAAUAUACUGCUUUGUGUAAUAAAUUAUAUCUUUU